CAGUUUCUUCCUGACGCCCGUGGGAGCCCGAGGGAGACUCACGGAGCCUCACUGAGCUUCACUGAGGGAGACUCACGGAGACUCACGGAGAGAGACUCACUCACGGAGGGAGCCCGAGGGAAACUCACGAAGCCUCACGGAGGGAGCCUCACGGAGGGAGCCUCGGAGGGAGACUCACUCACGGGGGAGACUCACUAACGUGGGAGCCCGAGGGAGACUCACAGAGCCUCAGGGAGGGAGACUCACGGAGGGAUACUCACUCACGAGGGAGACUCACGGAGCCUCACGGAGACUCACGAAGCCUCACGGAGGGAGCCUCGGAGGGAGACUCACUCACGUGGGAGCCCGAGGGAGACUCAGGGAGCCUCACGAAGCCUCACGGAGAGAGACUCACGUGGGAGCCCGAGAGAGACUCACGGGAGUCUCACGGAGGGAGACUCACGGAGGGAGACUCACUCACGUGGGAGCCCGAGGGAGACUCACGGAGCCUCACGAAGUCUUACGGAGGGAGACUCACGGAGCCUCACGGAGGGAGACUCACGAAGCCUCACUGAGGGAGACUCACGGAGGGCGACUCACUCACGUGGGAGCCAGAGGGAGACUCACGAAGUCUCACGGAGCCUCACGGAGGGAGACUCACGGAGGGAGACUCACUCACGUGGGAGCCCGAGGGAGACUCACGAAGUCUCACGGAGCCUCACGGAGGGAGACUCACGGAGGGAGACUCACUCACGUGGGAGCCCGAGGGAGACUCACAGAGCCUCAGGGAGGGAGACUCACGGAGGGAGACUCACGGAGAGAGACUCACUCACGUGGGAGCCCGAGGGAGACUCACGAAGUCUCACUGAGCUUCACUGAGGGAGACUCACGGAGACUCACGGAGGGCGACUCACUCACGUGGGAGCCCGAGGGAGACUCACAGAGUGUCAGGGAGGGAGACUCACGGAGGGCGACUCACUCACGGAGGGAGCCCGAGGGAGACUCACGGAGCCUCACGGAGACUCCCGGACGGAGCCUCACGGAGGGAGCCUCUUACCAUGGCGGGUAACAGCAGCAGUCAGGAGGGGCAGCGUUUCAGGAUCGCCGGGGUGAACGCGGUGCUGGUGAUCGCGUACGGAGCCCUGGUCUUCGUGCUGCUCUUCAUCUUCGCCAAGCGGCAGAUCAUGCGCUUCACCAUGCGAAGUCACAGAGGCCCCCAUGUGGCCGUUGGUCACAACGCACCCAAGGAUCUCAGGGAGGAGAUCGAGAGGCGGCUGAGUCGUAUCCAGGAGCUUUCGUGGGCUCCCAAAUUCCUGACGGAGUCCGACCCUCGCCUCCAGCAGCUGCAGGAGCUCGGGCCAAAUUGUGGAUUUAACUACUUGUACAGAAUGAAAGCGCUUGAUGCUGUUGAUCAGCUGGACGAGCGGCUGCAGGAGCUGGAGCCGCUGAUGCGCUGCCACGCGCGCAACCUCCGGGUCCACCUCCUCGACCUGCUGAGGACUCACCCGGGGGAGCUGACCGUGUGCGACAGCACCGUGCACGCGUUCGCAGACGCCUACGAUCACGCCCGCUACGGCACGCAGGAGUUUGGAGAGGUGGAAUUUGAGAAGUACAUGGAUCUCCUGAAUGAGCUCAUGAAUGGCGUGCAGUCGCAGGCCAUCGCUCAGCAGCAGCAGCACCGGGCAGCUGCUCGCGAACUCGGUUUCCCCGGCGGUGGCGGCGGCGGCGGCUCGUCAACCAGCGGCGACACCAACUCGCCUCCCUCGGACGGGCGUCACGGCACCUCCGGCCCGCGGAGAGCCGCGGGCAACUCCACCUCGUCGCCCGCUUCCCCGACGUCUCCGUCGUCGUCGACGUGCACCGCCAACGUCCCCUCGUCGUCCUCGUCCGCCACGGCAGCGGCGGCGGCCUCCAACACUUCCGACGCCGCCGCAGCCGUGCAAGUCACGUACCUCCCGGCGGCGGGGCCCCGCACGCGGAGACCCAAACACUUCCUGGAGCUCAAGAGCAAGGACAGCUACCGCACCCUCGAGAGCACCAUGUGAACCUGCUGAGGAUUUAAGGGGAAAAAAACAAACAUCCGUCACACCGUUUACCCCUCGUUACGUUUACUACGUCAACUGUUUGGUUGUUGAUGUUGUUGUUGAUGCCCUGUGAGGUGGUCAGGGAGGGGGGGGGGGUCGCCUGAUGAAGCUGGUUGUAACCACCGGCGAAACGUCACAGGACUCGAAUUGUAAAUGCCGUGAGUUUACUCUCCAACACACAACCCAACCGGUGUGCUGAAGUGGUAACGAAUUGCCGCGUUCUGUUUACGUGACAAACCUUACUAAUUGGCUGUUUCGGGUGGUGGGCGGCUUUAACGACGCACGUUUAUAUUUACGCGAUCUAACCCAAAUUUUUUUUUUGUUGUGGAUGUUGAGAUCCUGGAUUUGAAUCCGGGUGUCGGCGGCUACUCGACCGUGACAUGAGCGUGGGGGGGGGGUCUCUAAUGUGGAUAGCGGCGGUGAGUUUCGGUCAGCACGGUCGCUCGGCGUUCGCACACCGAGAAAGAUCGUCGCUUUGAAUUUGUUUUUUUUCCACGCGAGGUGGCUGCUGGGUAGUUCGGCGGUCAUAGGCGCGGAGUCGGAUCAUUUUUAAAUCCUUUAUAUUAAGUUCGCUUGCUUGCGUGCUUGCUUGCUUGCUUGCUUACGACCGUGCAAAUCUUUCGGUCGUUUUUUAACCCACUUCCCGUGAUCCAAUCGAGCUGACAUUUUGCACACAGACUCGUUGUGCGAGACAAUUAAUGUUCGUGAAAUUUUUUUUCCAAAAUUUUACACUGUUUAGGGAAAACAAAUUAAAUAUUUAAUUACCAAUUGCUUUAUACUGGCAGACAAUCAUCUGACCCAUAGGUGGCAGCCAUCUCAAGCCAGAGGACGAGAGGACUCUAGCCGCCACGCAUAUAAAGGAUUUAGAGUGAAAAACUUUGUUUUUACGGGUUAUACUUGUUGUUUUUACGCCCACUUGUUUACCCACCAAGUCACAUGCCUUUUUUUAUUCCAGGAGGGUCCUGCCAAGUGGAGAGAGUCGAUGGUCGCAGCACGGUCACCAAUGACCGCACGCCAAACGGUCGCGUUACACAUUUGUUUUUUUUGCAAUUUAUUUUGGGAGCAAAAAAAUUGCUUCUCUCGGAAUCAAACGUUGGCUUUUGAUGUGUGAUGAACAUUUUUCCUCUGCAGCAGAGUGCAUGGGAAUGUGUUGACUCCUCUAGUGUGUGUGGAUGAAGUCACUCGGAGCGAUGUUGAAAGUAGUUCUGUAAAGUCUGCUUCUCAACCACGUUCCGUUAAAAGUGAAAAAAUCCGACGGAAAUCAAUAAUUACCUGAUUUCGCUCUCUUUGGGAGUUACCGCUUCAAAUCCCCUCGGUUGCGAGGUGGCCAGGAGGUGGCAGUACAGCGAGGCUUUUUGUGUGCACCCAUCUGUGCGUAGCUUUGAGUCUGACCCACUCACAGUUGUAUAUUCAUAUUUCUGUCGAGAACGUUGUCUAAUGUCCCGGGGGGAGGUUGCCUUGAAACUCAUCGUGCUGCCCUCAGGGCUUAUGAGUGAAUGGGUCCCAGUGUCUCUGGAUGCUUAGGGACUCGUUUGGUCUUGCCCUGGAUGCCCCUGGGGCUCAUCGUUUUUGUCGCAGUGGUGGUGUCGGGGUCUGGUUUGCUUGGUCCCAGGCUGUGCUGCAGCGUUUCCCUCUCUCUCCUCUCUCCUGUGUUUCCCUUUCUCUGACUAUUAGCACCCACCCCACCGCCACCCGCCCUGCCUGCGUACCCGUAUGCGUAUAUUCAGGGUGCUUCAAAACAAAUGUUUAACACUUCGGAGAAUUUGGAACGAUACCACGAGAUAUGUGGUGCCUUCGGGCUCUGGAGAUCACCUGGAGAAGAUUCCAGGCACGUGUUGACAAUGAUGGCUCGAGAAAGUGGAGACUCUUUGACUUUCUAAAGCUAUUAACAUUACAUUUGUUAUCAUAUUACAGUGUAUUAUCCGUUCUUUUUCCAUUAAAAACGAUAUUCCCUCAAAAAGUGUUAACGUUUUUUAAAGCACCCUGUAUUUGGAGUUUACGUGUCUCUCUCUCUCCUCGUGGUCGCGUGGAUUUUUCUCCGGGGCCUCCAGUUUUUCCCUCCGCAAUGUAGAAUCAACGUCACGCGUUCAAAGUAUUUGGUUGCGACACAUUUCUACACGAUGUACAGUGUCUUCAGAUGCAGUUUCAUGCAGAGGCUGUAUUAAUUGAAAUUGUAUGAGAGGGUCGAGCGGCAUCUGAGCCAGGCCACAACACAUCAAAGUAUUGCCAACUUUUUAUUAAUUCGCUGCCCGGAUGAAGGCUUCACACUGCUUGUGUCGGUCAUAGGUGGGUGGGGGGUGGGCGGGGGCCGAUUGAUUUACCACAUUUCAUCACUGGUAAGCGUGGAGUUUGUGAAGAGAUGGCCCAGGACCGGUUGAGGUAUCACUCUCCACGAAUGUCAAGCCAUGAAUGGGAAUCAAACGAGGGCCUUCGGGUUCACAGUGCUGUGCUCUUAACCGCUGUGCGUACAAUGCGGGGUGGGGGUUGGGGGUGUCGCUGUCUCAACGAAUCCUCGAAGAGCUCCCAGUCUAGACGCCUUCUGUUUGUGCACCGGCUCUCGCGGCCGAGUGUCUGGGCUUCCACAAUGGCACGGGGUCAGUCGUGGCAUUUGACCUCUGACCAACGUGACCCUCAAACCCCAGCUUUACUCGUCCCAGCCGCAGAUUGGCUGUCGGGCCCGAGCAUUGUCAGCUGUUGUCUAACGCGGCGACAGCACGCGCGUUGGCUUAUUGUUCAUUCUUGUUACAGUCUGUUCUCCUCCGGCGCGGUAGUUGCGUUCCUGAAGAACACCGCGUUGUGGAAAAAUCGCGUUGCAAAUGAAUAAUGUCGGGUAGAGCACAGUACGCGAUAACACGUGAGAUGCGUACGCAGGCUGAACAAAGGCUGAGGCUCGUGGGUAGCAUCCACAAUCAUCCAGCAGCAUCCCGCCUUGCGAGGCAGCCGUUUCUGCCGCUUAUUCCCACUCGCGCCACGUGGUUCUGUUCACUCGAUCGCGUUAUAUCCGAUUCGCAUCCGCGUUAUAUAAAAAAAAUGUCUUCCCGAAUACAUUCAUCGCGUUCUGUCCAAUUCGCGUUAUGAAAACGCGCAGCGUUAUGGCAGUGCAGACUAUUAUACUGGUAGGGACCUCCUGGUUACACCAGCCCACAGGGGAUUAUUGUGUCCGUCCGUCGUGCAGGGAGGGGCUGGGUGGGGAGGGGCUGGGUGGGGAGGCUUGGGGAGGUUACACCAGCCCACAGGGGAUUAUUGUGUCCGUCCGUCGUGCAGGGAGGUGCUGGGAUGGGAAGGGCUGGGUGGGGAGGGGCUGGUCACCUCGUGGUGCCCUUAUAAAACUCAACGUUUAACCUACUCACGCCGGCUUGUGCCCGCCUUCACAGUCGGGCAUAUUUGCGGAAUACACCACGCCGCCGUUGACCCUGGCCAUUGACCGAGCAACCCAACGUUCCUACCAGAUCCCUCCGCAGGACAAUGUGUUUAUUAUUAUUAUUGCAAUGUUGCCGGAGCAUGGAGAGGUCGGUGCACGCUCGGAGUUGCACCGAGAGACAGACGAGAGGUGGGGGGCUCGAAACGUCGCGAGGAACGUUCCAUUUGUGGAGAUGGAGCAAUAAAGUUCGCUCGGCAAACCAAAAAAAAAUUACAAGAAACAUUUUUCGUGUCGAAGUCGGUAGUGUUAAAAAAAACAACUCAAUAUUUCAAGAGCCCACGAUGCACUGCGUGGUGAACACGAGGUCACGUGGUGAGGCCCUUGGUAAGUGACGUCACGAAUGCGUUCUUUUGAUGAGCCGCAUGUUGCCAACGCCUGGGAUAGAUCAUCGGCUGAUGAUGAAUCGUGAUUUUUGUUGGAGUACAGCAAGUAGGUGGUUCUGCCCAUUGUACGUGUGGGUUUUCUCCAUUCACUUUUUUUUUCUUUUCACGCCAGUAAUGAUACUGCACUUUCAAAAACAUUUUUAAAGUAAUUGGCCAAACAUUGCAAUCGGGACUGCUGAAAAAUACUCUCCAACUCUUUGGGGCUUUUGUGAAGGCGUGUAAUGGUUAAUUAAUUAACGUAAAUUGAUUUGCGCGUCAAAUUUAUGAUUGUAACGCAUCAAUAAACGCAGAUGAUUGUC